CUUGGAAGCUACUGGCAGCAAUGCCUCCAGAAACUUUUACCAACAACYAAACAAGAAGUGCACAAGAAGGUACCAAUCUAACAACAACACAGCAAGCUCAUUCUAUUACGGUAGUCUGCAAUCAUKAUGGAAACCGAAGYAUCUCCGRAUUUUGCCGAGGAAAAUCAUCAUGGCGAGCAAAUGGGGGAAGAGGAAGAAGAGGUGCGACCUAGCUUUUUAUUGAUACAAUGGCUGCUUGYGUCUCGUUGUUGUCGACCGAGCACUGCACGGACUACCGCAUUGCGUCACAYGAUGCCGACACACCCGGGAACGACGAGCAACAUACCGAAGGAUCUUGUCGGGGAGAUGGUAGAAUCAAAUUCUGUAUCCUCUACCGACUGCUUCUUCUCUGCAGGUUGGAGGCGAAUGACGAAUUAAGUCGGCUAACCCAGCGUUUCUGUUUGCUUUGAAUCGGUGCUCCUUUUCUACAGGCCAAUCCCAUUUAUCAGCCCCUUGACCUACUCCAAGAGCACGGUAUUGCCACCAAUGAUAUCCAAAAGCUUCAAACGGCCGGGUAUCACACAAUCGAAUCGGUACGUUCGGCACGAGGAGUCGUUGGSUACCGGUGCUGUGUUUCGGUCCCUGUUGUCAGAUUCACCCCACUCACUGCGUAUAUUGCUUCCACUUCCAAUUCUUCACAUCGAACUUUGAUUUGAAUUCUUUCUGAAUCACUUUUCGUUCCUCCGUCGCUCGCUCCUUCGCAUUUUCUGCUCGCCUCCCAGGUGGCCCACGCCACGGUCCGCCGUUUGUCGGACGUCAAGGGAAUCUCCGAAGCCAAAAUCAUCAAGCUGAAGGGGAUCGUCAAACAAAUGGUGGCGAUGGAAUUCCAAACCGCCACGGACGYCCUAGAAGCCCGCAAGAACAUCGUUCAGCUCACAACUGGAUCGGUSGAAAUUGACAAGCUGCUGGAGGGCGGAAUCGAAACGGGAUCUAUCACCGAAGUCGUAAGCCACCGAUGCCGAAACGAAGCCACGYUUGUCCGCCUCUUGCCAGAAUCUUCCUCUCAAUCGUCGCCCUCACACCUUGCUCUGUGUUUUGGAAACUCUGUUUGACUUAGUUCGGAGAAUUCCGAACCGGAAAAACCCAGCUCUGUCACACCCUCUGCAUUACCUGCCAGAUGUCCUGCGGGGAAGGCGGCGCCGAGGGAAAGGCCAUCUACAUCGAUACCGAGGGUUCCUUUCGCCCCGAACGCCUCAAGGUGAUUGCCGAGCGGUUUGGUCUUGAUCCUACGGUGGCCCUCGAAAACGUGGCSUGUGCGAGGGCCCAAAAUUCGGAGCACCAGAUGGAGCUCCUAAAGACCGCGGCGGCAAUCAUGGCCCAGGUGAGUUUCURGCUGCUACUAGAUGGAGUUCUUUGGCGCAUGUCUACCGAYGCUUUUGUUUCUCACAGUGUCCCUCGUUCUCUUGCUUCGUCGUUCCGCGAAUCCUUAACCCAGGACCGAUAUGCCCUGCUGGUGGUGGAUUCUGCCACCGCGUUGUACCGGACGGAUUACCAGGGCCGCGGUGAGCUCUCCGAACGGCAGAUGCAGAUGGGCCAGUUCCUCCGCCAGCUCACUCGAUUGGCCGAGGAAUUCGGAGUAGCCGUGUUCAUCACCAACCAGGUCGUGGCGAAUCCGGACGGAAUGAGUUUCGCUAAGGACUCCACCAAGCCCAUCGGCGGGAACAUCAUUGCCCACGCCUCGACSACCCGUUUGCGCCUCCGCAAGGGACGUGGCGAAAACCGCAUCAUGACCGUCUUYGAUUCGCCCUCGCUCCCCGAAGCCGAUGCCCAGUUUGCCGUCUCGGCCGCYGGAGUUUGCGAUGCUACCGAUGCGUAGUGGAGCGAMUUUUGUGACAGAGGGUUUUGUAGUACGGAUGCAUUGAAAUUGUGAUUGCCCCAAUACCCAACAAAUAGAAGAAUAUCUGCACA